AUGGGUUACUGCGGCAUCGCUAUCGUCGUCGGCAAGUACGGCGGAGGCUUUCACUACACAGACGUUGACACCCUGACCGAGUACCGCAAAUUCUGCUACAUCGCCACAGUCCUCUACUGCCCAAUGGCCCUUUUCACAAAGAUCGCCCUCCUUUCUAUCCUGGUCCGGAUCUUCUCGCCCUACAAGAGUCGCGUGCGCUUCAUCUACGGCUUCCUAGCCGCCAUCACCAUUUACUACGUGAUUGCGGAGAUUGUGAAAAUUCGAAUGUGCGAUCCUGUUCCUGGAUAUUGGACAAUGGAUCCGAAUGCGAAAUGUCUCGACCAGCGCGCCGCCUUGAUCGCCGAUUCGGUAAUCAGUAUGGUUUCGGAUAUCUUGAUUCUCAUCCUGCCGCUGCCGUUGACAUGGUCGCUGCAGAUGUCGCGGAACAAGAAACUGCGUGUCAUUGGAAUGCUUUCGGCCGGUGGAUUGGCCACUGCGUUUAGCAUUUAUCGGAUCGUGCUUGUGCUGCGCGAUGGGAGCAGCCCCGAUAUCACAAUCUUCUUCAUCUGCGUCAUUCUCUCAGGAAACGCUGAAGGUGGCAUGGGUCUCAUCUGCGCUUGCCUACCUUCGCUCAACAUCCUGAUCGCCAAGGUCCGCAACCACAGCUACCGAUCAAAGUCCGGCUACUACGAACAACAGAGCACAGAUAUGAAGCUCAGCAAAGUUAAGGGAGCAACACCCUCCAACACGACUGGGUCACGCCGUGACCCGGAGGACCAUGAGCUCGUGUCGGAUGAGAGCGGGCUGAUCACGCAUGCGGGUGCGGCGGGGGCUGUUGUUGAUAAUCCUGCUGGCAGGAAAAGCAGAGGUGGAAUACAUAAAACGGUCGAUGUUCAGCAGACGGUUGAGGUACUGGCGGAUAGAGCGGCCAGCACGAGUCCACCAAGGGGUUAUUGA